CUUGUUCUCUCACCGGUAACGGAGGACUUACAGGAAGUCUGAUCUGGUUUGGAAGAGUUGGGAUUUGUCCCUCUCCACUUUAUCGAUGUCAGUGGAUUUUGAGGAGAAUCGACCCUGAAGGUGAGGAGGACCACUUUGAAGACUCAACUUCACAAUGGCGACAGGAGUAGCAGCGUGGCUGCCUUUUGCCAGGGCAGCAGCCAUCGGAUGGAUGCCUGUUGCCAACUGCCCAAUGCCUAUUGCACCAAAGGACAGUAACAGUAAGAGAAAGGACGAGCUGAUCGUACUUAAUGUCAGCGGUCAUCGCUUUCAGACAUGGAGAACCACUCUGGACCGUUUUCCUGACACCCUGCUAGGCAGCUCUGAAAAAGACUUCUUUUACAAUGAGGAUAUCAAGGAGUACUUUUUUGACCGGGACCCUGAUGCCUUCAGGAGCAUCCUCAACUUCUACCGGACAGGUAAGCUCCACUACCCUCGCCACGAGUGCAUCUCAGCCUAUGAUGAGGAGUUGACCUUCUUCGGCAUCAUCCCUGAAAUCAUUGGCGACUGCUGUUACGAAGAAUAUAAGGACAGAAAGAGGGAGAAUUUAGAGCGGCUGCAAGAUGAUCAGGAGGAAAACAAGGACAUGAAGUUGCCCAACAUGAACUGCAGGGAGACAAUGUGGCGAGCCUUUGAGAACCCGCACACUUCCACCAUGGCCCUGGUCUUCUACUAUGUCACUGGUUUCUUCAUUGCCAUCUCUGUCAUCACGAAUGUGAUAGAAACAGUACCCUGUGGUUCCACCGCCAACCAGAAAGACAUGCCAUGUGGUGAACGCUACACAGUGGCUUUCUUCUGCAUGGACACCGCCUGCGUCAUGAUAUUCACAGUGGAGUACCUGUUGCGCCUGUUUGCUGCGCCAAGCCGCUACCGUUUCAUGCGCUCAGUGAUGAGCAUCAUCGAUGUGGUGGCCAUUUUGCCAUACUACAUCGGCCUGGUGAUGAGUAACAACGAAGACGUGAGCGGCGCCUUCGUGACGCUGCGUGUGUUUCGUGUGUUUCGUAUCUUCAAGUUCUCCCGUCACUCGCAGGGCCUACGGAUCCUGGGUUAUACACUCAAGAGUUGUGCUUCAGAGCUAGGCUUCCUCCUCUUCUCGCUCACCAUGGCCAUCAUCAUCUUUGCCACGGUCAUGUUCUACGCGGAGAAGGGCUCCAGCUCCAGCAAGUUCACCAGCAUCCCAGCUUCCUUCUGGUACACUAUCGUGACGAUGACUACACUAGGGUAUGGAGACAUGGUACCAAAAACGAUUGCUGGUAAGAUCUUCGGCUCCAUCUGCUCACUGAGCGGCGUGCUGGUGAUUGCUCUGCCUGUCCCUGUCAUCGUCUCCAACUUCAGUCGGAUCUACCACCAGAACCAGAGAGCAGACAAACGGCGAGCUCAGAAGAAAGCCAGACUUGCCAGGAUAAGAAUAUCCAAGUCCAGCAGCGCCAACACCUUCCUGCACAACAAAUGCAACGGCCUGCUUAACGAACUGCUGGAGCUGACGGAUACAGAAGAGGAUGAGCAGAAGCUGAAUAAGUCAACGUCUCUGUUAGAGAGCCAACACCACCACCUACUGAACUGUCUGGAGAAAACCACUGCUCAUGAGUUUGUAGACGAGCAGAUAUACGAGCAGAACAGUUUGGACACAGCGGUGCAGAACUACCACUCACGCAGCCCGUCUUUAAACAGCAAUGACGACGGCUCUGUGGGCACCUGCUGUGGCUGCAGGACAAAGAGAAACACUCCUCUGCCCAACGCCAGCAUGCCCUGCAGCGACCCCGUCCCAACACAGCAGCGCCCCCUGCAGGAGCUCAGUGCCAUCCACAUAGGGUCUGGGGAGUCACAAACCACCAGUCGCUCAAAACUCAACUUGAAAACUAACGACAAUGUCAGGAUCAACUGCAAAGGCGGACGUAUCACCACAGCGAUCAUCAGCCUCCCGUCACCUCCCGCUUUAAACCUCGAUGCCGACAGCCUCCGGGGCCCCCCACAGAGAAGGCCGCCCCCUCCCCCAGGUCACCCUGCAGCUCCGAGCAUCCAGACCACAGCGAGUUCAGCUGUCACCAACAUCUUCAAAGUGUCCGCUCUGUGACCCUCUGACAGGGGUAACUCAUCUCAGCUGGAGGAGAGAAACGGAGGGAGGAGGAAGCGAAGCAAGUCAUAUGGACGCACCCCGUCCCGUCUCACAGGGUCAGAGAGAGGCUGUACUCCAGAGGAGUUUUAAAGAAGACGUAUGAUGUGUAAACAUUACUGAGGUACAGGAUUGUAGAUAUCUGAAUUGAAAAAAAUAGCCACUGCAUUUCUAAUAGUUUCUAACAGCAGUAGCAGAUGUUUGACAGCAGGCAGUGGGGAAAAGACUGAAAGACAUUCUGCAGUGAGCAUAUCCGUACAUCAGCAGAUGCUGUAAAAGUACCACAAAUUCACAGUCAAAUUUAAAGUGAAUUCACCGUGAAACUGUAAAGAUAUUUUGUUGACUACAAUAUGUUUUUAAAGAAAGAUGCAGAAACGUUUUUAAAUGUGUUUACUUGAAUUUGAAUGCUCCCGUUUGUUUUAUGUGUGGUUUGUCUUGAGUAUUUUGAGGUAAAAAAACAAUUAAAGUUUUAAGUUUAUUUACAGCAUCAUUUGAAAAGUCAAGGUACGAUGCUGCUGAUAUCAUAUGACUGAAAUGUGAGCUUGAAUUGAGCUAAAACUGAAAAGAGACCAGGGUUUUUUUUUCAAAUGUUUAUUUCUGACUGAGUCUGAGGCUGACCUGACACUGUCUUCAUACCUUAAAGGUUUUCAAAAUGAGGUGAGAAGUUUCAACACAAUUACUUUAAAUGAUGAUGAUGAUGAUUCAAAAAACAAGUCUGCACUCAAGACUACUUGUUCCUACUAAAGACAGAAUCAAUUAACCAUCUUGGCACUGACGUUUAAAGCAAAUGUUACAUACCAAGCAUAAAUAGUGCCGAUAUGUGGGAUUUUUCCAGCUGCGGAUGAAUACAUACCAAGAUUGCAACUGAGGGCAGCAGAAAGGUCUUUGUGGGAAAGCGUCAGUGUCCAUGUUCACUGUAAUUAAACAACAUUUAGAUUACUGAUGUGUGUUUAUAGCGGUCUACGGUACAAAGGAAUAAGCUUUGGCCUGUGAAAAAUAUUCAAUAUUUACAGCCAUAUCCCUUAAAUGCAUACAGUACAUUUUUACCAGACGACUACAUGAUGCUGUAUAAAUGUGAUUGGUGCUUUUAGUCGUGUGGAAUAAUUAAAGCUGCAGCUGUUGCGCUGCUUGUACUCGUUAAGUGUUGUAGGAUGAAGGGACAUGAGAAAAUAAUAAUGUGUGUGUUCAUCAUGAGCAUGAGUGGGCAUUUUAGGUAAUCAAAGCAAAAAAGGUUGAGCACCACUCUCAUUUCAAGCAGCCACUGCAUAACAGUACAGGGAGGGCAACUGAUGUUCAAUCCAUGUUUUUCAAACGUAAAAGCCACACUAAAACCAGAUUUCUUUUUUUACAAAAAGGUAACAUGCAAAUAUAAAAAUGUAUCUGGGGCAUCUGAUCAUUUUAACAAAGCCAAAAUGUAAAUGCUCAAUUGGUUGUACCAUGUUGUGUAUUGAGUUAAACUGUCAAUGCAGAGACGAUACUUCACUGCAGUGGAUUCAGGAGAUGUAAGCUGCAUUAGAGUAUGCUAAGAACAGGUAUUACAUUUAUUUCAAAACUUAAAGUAUUCUCAUUUACAAAUGUGCUUGUUUGAAAGAUAAUCAAAAUGCAAGGUCCCUUUUCUGGCUUUUCCUGUGCUUUCAAAUGUCUUUUCACCACCGGAUUGUAGUUUGCUUUCAAGUUUGUUGUCAUGUUGGUUAUUAUAUAGCAUCCACCGCAAUGCAACAUUGCUUUACAUUUAGGUAAAUAUAGAUAAGAAAACAGAGAUCUGGGAAUGAAAUUACAAUGGCGGCAGAGAAUACAUUUUAACAGAUCUAUCUCUGACAACUGGGUAAAAUAUUAUGCGAUAGAGUAGAAAAUCCUUGAAAAAAGGCCACUAAGAGGACUUUGAGCCAGGAUAGUUCUCUCAAAAAAACGUCCGAGGUUAAUAAGGAGCUUUGAGACUUGGACAGUAAGGCAGCUCGAACAUGACAAUCUCAAAGAUGGCCAAAAGAUAGCAGCAAUGAUGCAUUCUGACACUAAAACAAAAAUAAUUAGGAAUUAAUUAAAGGUCAUUGUGUCAGGUUUAUGUUCUAACCUAACUUUUUUAUUUGAAGUGGAUUGACGCCCGGUGUAUGGAAUAGUUUGUGACUUCUUGCAAAGUGUGCUAUGGUUAUAUGUAUCAACUAGAUUAAGUGUGUAUUUGUCUUCAUUGUUUUGUUAAAGUGGAAGCUACGAUCAAAUGAAAUAGUUUUGACUGUAUCGGUAUACUUUGUGUUCUUUCCUGUAGUGUGUCAUGUUUUAAAACCAUGGUGAACGUACUUGUGCCAAAAGAAACACUUUUCCUUCCUCUGUAGGAAAAAUAAAGUAGUUCAACUCUUUAUAAUAAAACUAGGUAAAAAACUGACAACCCUUUAGAUACUUUUUCCUUUCAGUGUUUAUGCUCAAAGCUAUUAUUUAUAACUCCAAAACUUGGAUCUUGAUUGACACGUUAUACAUUAGAGCUUCUCACAGUUUCACACAGUAGGCUACACCGGCUUCAACAACAGAAAGCCCUGCUCUCACACGGAUGAUGAUGUUUGAUGAACAUUUGUUGUGAUUAUAAGAUGGAGUUGGUAUCAAAGGGCAUUGUGGGGGUCGCUUUUUGAAAAGUCUUGGCAUUGCUGUUUGUGUUUUUUUUUAAUCUUUUUGAGCUGAGCUUUCUGUCUUUUUCUG